GUUCUUGUUGCAUACAUGCUUGUGCGUCAAGCAGGCAUUAUGAACUGUGUGUACGUGGUUGAUUGAGGAAAAUGUGACAGUUCACGGGAAAUUUUCGACCGUGCUUCUCGCUCGUCAUCUGUAUUUCUGGUUCAUCGUGUGCCUUACCCGCCUCUAAGUGUGCAAGAUGAAUCGCUUGGUAGACUACUUCAUCAUCGUUGGAUUUGAUCAGAACUGUGACCGUUCUGUGAGGAGCAGGGGUAAAAUUCUUCAACGAUUUCCGGAAAGGGAUUGGGCUGACGUACCUUUCAAUGAAGGUGUUGCUUUGAUGGUUCAACCGUUGGGAUGGAGGUUGAAAUCCUACCGUUGUGCCCCGACUUUCUUCGCGUCUGUCCUAACUGGGGAAGAUGGUCACUGGCAUUAUUUUGCGUGUCUUUGCUUUCAUGAACCUGUGCAAUUGAAGUCUCCUCAAUCAGUGGACGAUGAUGAAGAUGGCGUUGAUGGCACGUCAUCACCAGGCUUUUGUGGUCGAGGGUUUCUCGAUUAUUGCGUCGAGAGCGAGAAUAGAGAGAAUGGUUCACCUACUCUGAUGUAUGCACCCAAGUGCCUUGUACUUGUGUCAAGGGUAGAUUAUUUCUCAACUUUCAAGAACUGCCUGGGAAUUUUGUAUGCCGUUUGUCUUGAGUCAAAAGAUAUUGAACUCGAGACAGUCGUGGGCAACAUUCUGUGCUGCGUUACCGUACCACCUCCUGGCGGCCCAGAAAUUAGGUUUUCUAUUGGAGCUGGAGAUCGUCAAAGCCUUCAACCACCGCUGUUCUCUCAUGUGCCGGUAACACACUGUUGGAUCGCCCAACUAUUCAGUCAACUCGGAAUACGGAACACCAUUCAUCUUUUAUGCGCUGCCCUGACGGAGCACAAAAUUCUGUUUCAUUCGUCAAGCUUAAAUCGGUUGACUGAGGCGUGUCAUGCUCUGGUUGCACUCAUGUUUCCUUUUCGCUACAAUCACGUGUAUAUACCUGUUGUACCCGUAUCGGUUUUGGAAGUUUUGGAGACUCCAACGCCUUUCCUAAUUGGGAUACACUCAUCAUUGCGAUCCGAGUUGAACGAACUGAAUGACGUGGUGGUAGUUGACCUGGAUGGCGGAGCAAUGUCUAUGCUGGACAGUGUGCCUUUACUUCCUGAGCCUUUCUUGAGUGAGACGCGAGAUACUUUGAGUAGGCUUUUGCAUCCCGACCUUAAUUCGGCGGAUUUGGCUUUUCCGAACGCCGGAAGCACGACUGCGAUAAUUCCGCCGUCAUUUUCGAGUUCUAGUGGUUCACGUACUCGCCUCGGAAAUCCGUGCGGAGAAAUUUUGGAUAAGGAAAUCCGUGCUGUCUUCAUGCGAAUUUUUGCUAGGCUACUGCAGGGGUACCGCUCUUGUUUGACUAUUAUUCGGAUACAACCAAAACCCGUGAUCGAAUUUGACAAGGACCUUGCAGAGCAGUUGUACAAUCACGAGCAUCCGAAUCCUCAGCCCUACGUUCAAAACAUUCCCCGACUGACGGAAGGAGCUGCCAACAGAAUUUAUCAGCCAACUUUCCCGACCCUAAAUGGAGCUAAAAUUGCGGAAAUCAUUCGCGAGGGUCAGAAGGCUUCGCCGGGAAGGAAAAAUAGAAUCCCGACUGGAAUUCCUAGAUCUCCUCGAAUUGUACCGAUGGGACCGGUGGUUUCAAGUUCGUCGGAUUCUCAGCCAUUGGUUACGAAUUCCGCCAGGAGAUUGGAGGUUUUGAGGAAUUGCGUGAGGUGGAUAUUCGAAAACAGAACAGCUGAUGCGAGGAAGAUUUGCCCUGCCGUAUUGCGUGCCUUGAAAAGCAAAUCCGCCCGUUUGGCAUUAUGCGAAGAGCUCGCUGCGCACGUUGUUAGCACAAAGGUGGAACUGGAUCACCAGCAAUUCGACCUCGUUGUACACCUGAUGAAUUGCGCGCUGUGGGAUGCUGUACCGGCUGAUGAGAAUGCUGUUGCAGCCGCUCUACUUCCGUUGUCUAUCUCCUUCUGCCGCAAAUUGAGUCCGCGUGUUUACCAAUUCGCGUUUACAUGUAUCCAGAGUCACAAAAUCUGGGAGAAGUUGCAGUUCUGGGAAACUGCAUACUACCAAGAAGUGGAAAGGCAGAUAAAAUCAUUGUACAAGCCUUUCAGACCACGUCCUACAUCGCCUUUGCAACGAAAGUACACGCAUGAAGGAAAUGUGUUGAGCGAACCCAGCGCUCUAGAAAUAGCUGCCGAUCAGAUGAGGCAGAAAGUCAACCGUACUCCAGAAGAGUUGGAGAAUCUGCAGCACGAUGAGGAAUCGACUCUUUAUUCUCAGGCCAGUCAGUUUAUGCAAUGGCUUGUGUACAUGAGAGUGCCGUUGGAUUCAUCUGCGCAACGUUUGGUCGACGUUCGGAAUUCGUCCAGGGUCAGCCAUCCGUCGGACCCAGACUUCGACGGCCACAGUCUUGCCAACAGCGUACCAGAAAGUGACAGUGUGGCGGAAUCGGGGUUUGAAGAUUCGGAGAUUCCCGAGGUCACGAUUCGGUUCGUGGGAAGGUUCAUAGACAAGGUAUGCAAUGAAGGCGGCGUGAGUGCGGACCACAUAACAGCAUUGCACGAAAAUGUUAGACUCGUUGUCGCCAUGCACAUGGAGGAGAUGGAGAUGGUCAAUAGAGAGUCAAAGCGCUUGCCGCCCAUACGAAAGCCUGAAGUUGUUGCGCCGCGGUUCAUACCUGGAGAACAACUGAUGUUCGAGAGCCUGCGGGCGUAUUUAUUACCUGAUGGAAGAGAUGAACUUGGUACUCUUCCUGGAACAGUUUAUGUACCUGCGGAAGGAGCUAUAUUUUUAACCAAUUACCGCGUCAUCUUCAAAGGCGCACCAUGUGAUCCAGCUGCAUGUGAACAAAACGUCUUGAGGUCCAUUCCACUGAUGACAGUGACCAAGGAGAAGAAAUUAGGGGUUCAGUAUUUGUCUAACGAAGAGUCGUUAUUGCAAGAAGGUGUCCAGAUUCGAUCAGCAGUCUUUCAGUUGCUGAAAUUGGGAUUCGAUACAGAAGUUACAGUAGACAAAGGAGAAGCCUUCAGGAAGAAGCUGAUGCAGCUGCGAUUACCAGAAACUCCGUUUUCUCUCUUUUGCUUCUCCGAUGUUCAAGUGCCUAUGAGUUUUCAUAAUCAAGCGGCGAAGGAUGCCAGUAAGAAUGCCACGCUCAGAGGAAUUGCCAAGAAGACAAUCUUGAAGACCGCACAAAAAGCUGGCCUUACCAGUAAGAAGCCGUCGAAGAAAAAACUAGCCGGAAAUGGUGUUUACGGUUCACCCGGCCACAGAAGUGUUCGUGUGCCUAUGAGUUUUCAUAAUCAAGCGGCGAAGGAUGCCAGUAAGAAUGCCACGCUCAGCUUCUUUUUUGAUCGGCCUUUACCACAAAUGCCAAGUGGGCCGGUGUCUUCACAAGCAAGUGUCGGAGGUUCUUCCGUAAGCUACGUGAACUCUGCGAAUGAAAGCAUGGAGAAUCUGGACGAAGACGAUGAUAUGUCUGGUGUUGAAGAUGGAGAAGUGAAAGGAAGAGGAACCGGUGGGACUUUUGCAUCAGCAUUCCCGAAUUUCAAUAGCGACCAGAAGACACUUGACAAGCUGUCUGAUCGAAGAUACGUCAAAGACUUCAAGCGUUUUCUAGAGCUGAUGGAUGGAUUCCGCUUGACAAGCGUUAAUGCGCAUUACAAAGUUACGCAUAGCUACCCUGCAGCAGUCGUUGUUCCUGAAAGCAUGAGCGAUGAUUCCAUCAGACGAUUGGCAAGACUUUAUCGUCAGGCGCGAUUUCCAUGCUUCACUUGGCGACAUGAAGUCACAGGGGCCUUGCUGUUGCGAGGAGCUGGUUUUCAAUCAAAAAAUGCCGUUGUAGGCUUGUUCAGGAAUCAUCAUCUACAUCCCGGGCAACAGGGAUCUCAUGGAUCUCAGGUGAACUAUCAGCCUAAUUUNCUGUCUGAUCGAAGAUACGUCAAAGACUUCAAGCGUUUUCUAGAGCUGAUGGAUGGAUUCCGCUUGACAAGCGUUAAUGCGCAUUACAAAGUUACGCAUAGCUACCCUGCAGCAGUCGUUGUUCCUGAAAGCAUGAGCGAUGAUUCCAUCAGACGAUUGGCAAGACUUUAUCGUCAGGCGCGAUUUCCAUGCUUCACUUGGCGACAUGAAGUCACAGGGGCCUUGCUGUUGCGAGGAGCUGGUUUUCAAUCAAAAAAUGCCGUUGUAGGCUUGUUCAGGAAUCAUCAUCUACAUCCCGGGCAACAGGGAUCUCAUGGAUCUCAGGUGGGAAUCAAUCCGUAUGUGUUCCCUCAGGAAGACCAGACUUUAUUCAGAUCUGUCAGCAAUUCGCGAAAUACCCGGAUGGGAUUCGGCGCUGGUAAUGCCGGCGUCGGUGUAGGCGGUCCGACGGAAAAUUAUCCAUUGGCCAAGGGCGGCUCUGCAUCCUCAAUCGGUGCCCAUGUGAUGGACAAAGGCCUGAGAUUCCUGGGAAUGACGAAGCGCCGUGGGACGAGAAGCAGCGGAGGCGCCGGGAGUAAAGGUCCUGGCGGCGUAGGCGCCCAUUCGCACCGUUUGUCAACGGCGUCCAAUUCUGACGGGGAAUCCACCGCAAUGGAUGAUAUUUCCAUCGGAAGUUCCGGAGUCCACUCGUUUCGACGCAGUGCUCUUUACGUGUUCGGCGAUAAAUCUCAAAUCAAGGGUCUGCGAGGGGAUUUGAGUGGGAAGUGUGAUUUCGUGCCUGUUGAUUACCCGGAUGCACGGCACACGAAGACGUCUUUCAAGAAUAUACUCAGUGCUUGCGUUCCGAGCAAGCGCCCGAAUGACGGCGACAGCUUCCUGAGGGAUUUUGAGAAGUCGGAGUGGUUGAACCAUUUGCAGAAAAUAAUGCAGCUCAGUGGCGCCGUUGUGGAUCUGAUCGACCUUCAGGGUUCGUCUGUGAUGCUAUGCUUCGAAGACGGCUCGGACAUUACUCCUCAGGUAUUUUUAUUUAUAUUUUUCACAAGAAUGAAAGAAAUGUGA